AUGUCUUUCUUUGAUAUCCCCCCUGCGCCUCCCACCAAGUUAGGCUACUACCGCCUCUUGUCCCCUCUGGCGGGUAUUCGCGUUUCGCCCAUCCAGCUGGGUGCGAUGAGCAUCGGUGACAAAUGGGACAAGCUCGGGUUUGGAAGCAUGAACAAGGAAUCAAGCUUCAAGCUCCUCGACGCGUAUUUUGAUAUGGGUGGUAACGUCAUCGACACCGCCAAUAGCUACCAGGACGAAUCUUCUGAAGAGUUCAUUGGAGAAUGGGUCGAGAAGCGGGGUGUUCGUGACCAGGUGGUCCUUGCUACAAAGUACACAAUGAACUUCAAGCGUGGCAACGAUAGCAUCCAGCAAAAGGUCAAUUACACCGGCAAUGGGAAUAAAUCUCUCCAUCUCUCCGUCAAGAGCAGUCUUAAAAAGUUGCGCACGGAUUAUAUCGACAUUCUUUACGUGCACUGGUGGGAUUAUGAGACCUCUAUCGAAGAGGUGAUGAACAGCCUGCAUAACCUUGUUGUCGAGGGGAAGGUUCUCUAUCUCGGCAUAUCUGAUUCGCCUGCAUGGGUCGUAUCCCGCGCGAAUAUGUACGCCCAGGUCCAUGGAAAGACACCUUUUGCGAUCUAUCAAGGACACUGGAAUCUUUUGGACCGCUCUUUCGAGCGGGAGAUCAUUCCCAUGGCGCCUUCUAUAGGUUUGGCGCUGGCCCCAUGGGACGUCAUGGCCGCAGGCAAGUUCCGCACGGACGCCGAAGAGGAAGAGAGAAAGCAGUCUGGAGAGAAAGGGCGCGCUAUUGCCGGACUCGGGGGCUGGGAGAGGAACGAGAACGAGAAGAAAAUCUCAAAGGCGCUGGAGAAGGUUGCUGGCGAGGUCGGGGCGAAGAAUAUUCGAUCUGUGGCCCUGGCCUACGUGAUGCAGAAAACGCCGUAUGUGUUUCCCCUCAUCGGAGGUAGAAAGGUGGAACACUUGGUGUCGAAUUUAGAAGCGCUCGAUAUCACGCUGUCAAAGGAGCAGAUUGAGUAUUUGGAGAGUAUUCUGCCCUUUGACCCUGGUUUCCCGAAUGCGAUGAUUGGUGACGGGUCAAGCUAUAAUAUGUUCUUGGCGACGACAGCGCAUAUGUCGAAGCAGCCCAGGGUUGAACCAAUUAGACCAUGAUCCCGUUUCAUGUCGUACUAGAAAGUCGCCAAUACGAGCGUCAUUGCACCAAUUUAAAUGAAGAAAAUACUGUUCUUUGCAAGCGCCAAUCAGAUCCUGUCAGGGUCGCGUGGAAUGAGGCUCAGGAAAUGACUAUGAUGUGACCCUGUCCCCACUAGUAUCCGUGAGUCUGGCAAAGCAACGGGUACUAGAGACUUUCCAGUAGUGUGCACUGCAGUGAUCAUCGUUGAUGACGUAUCUAUAAUGAGCUUCGAUGAUCAUGCGCGGAUCUCCCGACAAGCGCCCUCCUUCAUUCCAAUCUUUUAUCUCUCUUUUCCUUCCUUCUCUCAUCAUCUCUUGUAUCGGGCAAGUUACUUACCUUUGCAUUGUGCCUCUUGGGGAGGCUAUGCACUACUGUCCGCUAUUGCGUGAUGCCCACCAAAUGGACAAGUCAAAGUAACCAUUACACUGGAGAUAUUAUCCGAGCCCUUGCCAGCCCAU